GCCACCUCUAAAUCCAUUGAUCCAAAUUCAAGUCCCCGGAUUUCUUUCUCGGCCGAUUUCCUCGACGAGAAAAAUUUCAUAUCUCUCUGCCCCAAGUCUCCGAUUCUGAUCAAAGAUCACGAAAGGGAGAGAGAGAGAGCGCGUAAUGCAGAAUUCGAGUUUCUCUCUAGCAAUAUGACCAACCAAACAAUGCUGACUGCUGAUGAGCUGUUCUAUGAUGGGAAAUUACUUCCCUUUUGGCAAAUGCAUUAUUCCGAAAAAAUCAACAAGAUCAGUCUCAAAACAGAAGGUGCCGAGGAGAAAAUGGAGGAGGUGAACAAAGAGGAGAGUAGGGUGAAUUGGUUUGUUGAUGAUGAUCCAUCCCCUCGGCCACCUAAGUGCACUGUUUUAUGGAAAGAGUUACUAAGGUUGAAGAAACAACGUGCUUCAUCGUUGUCACCAUCUUCUUCUUCUUCUUCUUCCUCGUCUUCUUCGAGCUCACUAGUUGAUAUAGCUCCCAAUGAUGCUGGCAAAGCAGGGUCGGGGAACAGAGAUAAGCAUGUGAAAAGGGCUAAGAAAGGAUUGGAGAGGACUAGAUCAGCUAGUAUAAGAUUGAGGCCUGUGAUUAAUGUACCAAUUUGCACACAUGGAAAGAGCAGUGCCCUGCCUCCUUUGUUUACCAUCAAGAAAGGAAGACUAGAGAGGUGA